GCGGGUUAUAAUAAACAGCGUCUAUGACGUGCUAUGUUUCGUUAAGGUAGAAGCGUCUAGAAGUGUCUACUGCGGAGUCCACUGAUCGAUAUUUGUGUCGUUUUGUUCAUCAAGAAAGACAGUCGGUAAUUAACUUGCGCGUUAAAUAGAGCAUGUGUCAUUCUUUUUAACCAAAGUGUUCCUGUGUACCGAAGCUCUGAACUGCACAGCUGGCCCACAUCUAGUAAUGAGCAAUAGAAGCCAGGCUUUUUCUUCGCGGUCUAUUUAAAAAAUACUCUAUGCCCUGUUAUCCACACAAGCUGCAAAUCUAACGGUAGUAAUGUCCUCGUCGUCAGGAAAUAGGCUCAAGCGUCUGUUAGUUUUUAACUGCGCGGAGCUCGUUCAGGUGGUCAAUGACGGUCAACUGUACUUAGCGGGAACCGAUAUGUCCACAAUGUGUGUGCUUAGGCCUAAACAUAAAGGGGACUCGCUCGCUCUGGCGACCGAUGCAGAUGGUAACAUACUCGAUAUAGGCUCUACCGAAGAGUUAACCAAUAAAUACAAGGCUUCCGAGUUCGAAACGGUAAUAGAUGCAGAGAAGGGUGCUCUAAUGCCAGGAUUCGUUGACGGCCACACUCAUCCGAUUUGGAGCGGCGAUCGAGUUCAUGAAUUCGCUCUGAAGCUGAGUGGUGCUUCUUAUAUGGAAAUUCAUCAAAAUAAGGGUGGAAUUCAUUACACCGUUGAAUGUACAAGGGCUGAAAGUGAUAGCAAGCUGAAACAGCUUUUAACAGAUAGACUACGUCUCAUGGCUCGUUCUGGGACAACGGCAGCUGAAUGCAAGACAGGCUAUGGUCUAUGGCUGGAGGAUGAAUUGCGGCUACUCCGUAUACUGAAUGAAGUUCGCAACCAGGACGACAUCAUCGAUAUGUCGCUCACGUACCUAGGAGCCCAUGCUGUACCCAGAGACUUUAAUGGAACUUCGGAUCUAUUUGCACACAAGAUUGCGACGGAGGACCUUCUGCAGCUAAAUCAACAAGUGGCCUUUGAUAAUGUGGACGUCUUCUGUGAGAAAAACGUAUUCGAAACGGAAUCAUCACGGGUUAUAUUAGAAAGCGCUAAGAAGCUUGGCUACCGACUAAACUUCCAUGCAGAAGAGCUGUCAUGCAUCAACGGCGUUGAAAUGGGCUGUUCUUUAGGGGCACGAGCAAUGUCUCAUCUGGAAUGCAUCUCAGACGAAGGCAUUAAGCAAAUGGCGAUCACUCAUGCAGCUGGCGUCAUUUUACCUACGACCGCGCACGUUCUUCGCAUCUCUCCCCCACCACUGCGAGAUAUGAUUGAGGGAGGGGUAAUCGUGGCUCUUGGGUCUGAUUUUAACCCAAAUGCUUUCUGUUACGCCAUGCCUACUGUAAUGCAUUUGGCCUGCGUCCAGUGUAAAAUGAGUUUAACAGAAGCCUUUGUUGCGGCGACCCUCAACGCAGCGUACUCUAUCGGAAGAUCCCACAGGUAUGGUUCAUUAGAAAUAGGCAAAGAGGCAAACUUGGUGCUCAUUAAGGAGUCAACAUGGGAGCAUAUCAUCUAUCAACUAGGAUGCCAUGCUGAUCUAAUUCGUUAUGUCUUUUAUAAAGGGCGUAUACUAGUCUAGUAGCUUAGCAUACUAGGCCGUUUUAGAUCUGGACAUGUGGUCAAAAAAAAAAUAAAGCUUAAG